GUCAGUCUCAGUGAGACAAGAAUUAGUAAACAUAACCUUAAAACACUAACCACUAACCUAAAUAGAAAUUUUUAAGAUAGCUUAGGCUUAAUAUAAAUUACUUUUACUUUUGCUUGAACUUAUCAAAAUAUUUUCCCUGAAUAUUCUUUUAUUAUGGACGUGAGGAAAGCGAUCGCUGAACUAACGUCCCAACUUUCUGAAGUUAACUAUGACUCGGAAGAAGACAACAUUUUACUAACAGAUCAACAUCUAGACUCGGCUGAUGACGACUACAAACCCGAUGGCAGUAAUAAGAGCAAGUUAAGAAAAGCUACAGAUAUUCUAACAUUACCUGAAAAUAUAUACGGUGGUAAAAAGACUUCAAGGAAAAAGUUAGACUCUACCUCUGAGAAAUCUGAAUCUGAGGAUGAUUUAGCCAGUGAAGAUGAUUCUGAUAGCGAGGAUAAUCAAGAGGAAGAAGAAGAUGCCGAUGAAAAUAGUGAUUAUGAAGGGUCUGAAAAAAGUGAGAACGAGUUAGAAUUAGAAUCAAAUGAUGAUGAUGAAGAGAAAACUUUGCAUAAAACUCCAAAAUCUAAGAAACAUCCUGUCAUUGAUUGCAAUAUUUAUUCCACUGCUAGUAAAAACAUCCCCAAUGAUGUAAAAAAGGGAGUGGCUAUCAGAAAUCAGUUAAGUAUUUGUGAAAAUUUGUUAAAGUGCAGAAUAAAGCUUCAGAAAGCCCUUUCAGCGAGCAACACCUUGCCUAGAAAUGAAGAAUUGUCUAUAGACGACAAAGAUAAACUCAACAGAUGCAAAAGUAAAGUGCUUAAUUUACUUGGAAAAUUAAAUGAAGUACAGGUGGAACUAUUGAAACAGUCUGCUGAAUAUAACUUCAAAUCCAAAGAUGUAAAUUCAGACGCUGAUGAUGAAAUUCUGUCCGAUGAAUCUGAGAUUGAAAAUGGAGAAGAAAAAGAAGAAGAGGACAAUGACGAGCAGCCAAGAAAAAAGCGCAAGUUAAAUGACUACGCAACAGUUUUGCACACAACUUAUAAAGACUUCAUUCCAUAUAGAAACACUUCCAUACAAAAAUGGAACGACAAAACUAAAGUGUCUACUGGGAAAAUGGCAAACUCCAACUUUUCUGCUUUUGACCAAUCAACCCUGAAGCAAAUUGAACAGAUAAUGGCUGACAAAAGCAGAUUAAUAAGAAGAACUCAAGUUAGAAGAAACAACACUAACAAGAAUAAUUCAGAUGAAAACAAAACUGAGGAAAUCCCUCUGGAUCCAGAGAUAUUUGAUGACACAGACUUUUAUCACAAACUUCUUCGAGACUACAUUGAGAAGAAAUCUGUUGACGCUUCAAGUUCAUCAAAUACCGAAAGACAGCUGAUUGAGUUGCAAAAAUUGAGGAGUAAAAUGAAGAGGACCGUGGAUACCAAGUCUACAAAGGGGAGGAAGCUCAGAUACGUCGUUCUGCCGAAACUUGUAAAUUUUAUGGCUCCCCGUCCAUACAACACGUGGAAUGAACUCGCUGAAACAGAACUGUACAACUCUUUGUUUGGAAAAAUUAAACUAUCAUAGUUGAAGAAGUUUAA